AUGACUUACUUUUUUUUGAAGUUACUAUUCUUAAUUCUUUGUAUUGUGCGUUCAAAGAGUGAUAUUUAUAAAAAUCGACCAAAAAUUAAAACAGCUGAUGGUGAUUUAAUAAUUGAAUCUUCCUACAAUAAAAAUAUAUAUUUAAAACCAAAUGGUCCAAGAUCAAGUAUUUUUGUCGGAAACAUUAAUGUACUGGACAUAAAUAUUACCAAGAAAGAAGAUAUUUGGAAGCCAUCAUUUGAAUACAGCAACAGUGACCGAGGUAAUAAAAUUGCAGAUCCCAAUGACAUUAUAGGAAGAAUUGAACGCUUGGAAAGCUUUAGUACAACAUUGCCUUCUACAAUUUCUUUAAAUGUCACAUACCUCACACGACAAAUUAAUACAUUAAGAAACAGAAUACGCACCAUUCAGAGUUUAAUUAACAGGAAAGGAAAGGAGGAAUGUCAGUCACAUCCCUGCGAGAACGGCGGGACGUGUUUAAAUCUUGUCAAUGGAUAUUAUUGCUUAUGUCCGUCCAAUUGGAAAGGAGUUAAUUGUGAUGAAGAUGUUAAUGAAUGUAGAAAUUAUGCUGGCACAGAUUUAGGCUGCCAAAAUGGUGCUACAUGCAUUAACAGGCCUGGCUCAUACGAGUGUAUUUGUAAGCCCGGAUGGUUUGGCCUACACUGUACCAGAAAAGAGAGAAAUUGUACUGGCAAUGACUUUGAAAUUUGCGGGCAUGGCACCUGUUUACAAGUUACCACUGGUGUCGGAAUUAAGUGCCUCUGUGAUCAGGGAUGGACAACAAAUGACACAAGUAUAGCAUGUCUCACAGACGUAAAUGAAUGUUUAUCAUCUCAAGGUCCUCGGUGUUCCGUAAACCCACCCGUCGAAUGUAUUAACCUACCUGGUUCAUUUGUUUGUGGCUCUUGUCCUGUCGGUUAUGAAGGAGAUGGUUACGUUUGUCAUGAUGUCGAUGAAUGUCUCACUUUGCCGAACGGUGGAUGCAGUUUGAGCCCCAGAGUAUCUUGUCAUAACACGAUAGGUUCUCGACUCUGUGGCUCCUGUCCACCGGGCUUUGAAGGUGACGGUGUUACCUGCACAUGGAGGGGUUCAUGUAGCAUUAACAGUGGUGGCUGCCAUCCUUCCGCUCAAUGUAUUGAAAUUCCUGGCUAUGGAGGACAAAUAGUGCAAUGUGUUUGCCCACGGGGCAUGUCAGGAGAUGGAAUUGGUACUAACGGAUGCUUUGUAGCUUCAAAUAAACUAAGAAAUGGUACUGGAUGCGAAAACAAUCCUUGUGGGGCAAACGGCGUGUGUCAUCAACUUCGUUACGGAUACACUUGUAUAUGUGAUGAAGGAUAUGGCGGCGUUCACUGUGACAUUCAAGCUGGUAUCUGUUCCAACAACCCCUGUUUAAAUGGUGGAACGUGUAGAAGUAAUGGAAGAUUGGCACGACGAUUUCGAUGUGAAUGUACGGCUAUGUUUACGGGAGAUUUGUGUCAACUUCGAGUAGAAACAUGUGGUGGUGUGCUCGACGCGGAAGAAGGUAGUAUAAUUUAUCCUCCAACUAACACAACAUAUAGACCCAAUGCACGAUGCGCUUGGGUAAUACACACAUCCCCAGAUAAAGUUAUUAAUGUGACCUUUAGUAAAUUUCAUUUAGAACAUCACGCCGAAUGUUAUUAUGAUUUUGUUCAAAUUCAUGACGGAAGAAGUUCAGCCAGCCAGCUAGUAGGUAGGUUUUGUGGUACUGAUCUGCCAAAAGGAGGAAAUAUUAUAUCUAGUCACAACAAUUUAUACUUUUGGUUUCGUUCCGAUCAAACUAUAUCGGCAGAGGGAUUUGCCUUACAUUGGAAUAGUAUAAGUCCAAUUUGUGGAGGUGUUAUUGAUGCUACUCAGCAUGGCCGGGUAAAUUCGCCAGGUUCACCUGGCCCAUAUCCCCCAAAUCGUGAUUGCUAUUGGCGCUUAAAUACAAAUUUACGUAAGAGAAUACAAUUACAUUUUUUCCAGUUGGAUUUGGAAACACACCCAAAUUGUAGUUUUGAUUAUCUAGCAAUAUACGACGGAUUACACGUAACCGAUCCAUUAUUAAAUAAAUACUGUAAUUCCUCUCAACCGGCACCUGUGCAAUCGUCGAGUCCCGAAAUACUUAUUCAUUUCCAUUCUGAUGCCUAUGGGUCUGGAAAAGGCUUUCAAAUCACGUAUGCCCCCGUGGAAGGUGUGCCUGGUUGCGGUGGCUUUUAUACUGCUGACAAAGGUGAAAUAACUUCCCCGAGUUACAACAAUAAAUAUCUUAAUAAUCUUAUAUGCGAUUACAAAAUACAAACUAGCCCCGAAACAAAAGUACGACUCACAUUUCGGUCUUUCAAUUUAGAGAGGUCGUUUCGAUGUAGAUUUGAUUAUAUCGUAAUUUAUGACGGACCUAAUGAGGAUUCUAAACUGGUAGGCAAAUUUUGUGGCAAUUCGAUUCCAAAGACUUACACGUCGUCUUCUAAUAGUUUAUUUAUUAGAUUUAAAUCAGACCAAAGCAUAUCUUCAGGUGGGUUUAAAGUUGCGUACGAAUCUAUUUGCCACAAAACAAUAAUGGGAGAUAGUGGAAUUAUAAAAUCACCAGGCUAUCCUUUCAAAUAUCCCAAAAAUACAGUAUGUGAAUAUGUCAUAGGUACAUCUCCGGGGAAAAUUAUACAGUUGUCAUUUCAAGAUUUCGAUAUUGAAGAUAAUCGAUUUUAUAAUUGUCAAUAUGACUAUGUAGAAGUCCGUGACGGACCAACAUCUAAUUCAUCACUACUUGGUAGAUAUUGUGGCGGUUCAGAUCACAUCCCACCCAUACAAACGUCUUCUUUCAAUUAUUUGUUCAUCGGAUUCCACUCUGACAUGAGUAUAUCGGGGACAGGAUUUUUCGCAAAUUAUACGACUUUAGAUAUAGAAUGCGGAGGUAUUUAUAGAGAAACAACGGGACUUAUAAACUAUCCGGCUUCCGGUAAGGUAUAUUAUAGCAACGAUCAGUCGUGUACGUGGGUUUUGAUUGCGCCCGAAGCAAUGCACAUUAAAUUGACGUGGAAUAGAUUCGAUACUGAGACACAGUUCACUUGUGAAAAUGACUUUCUAGAACUGAUUGAAAUUGAUGAUGAUUAUAUUAAUGGGACAAGUUUAGGUAAAUAUUGCGGUAAAUCUCUUCCACCAGCUUUAACUACCACAUCAAACAAACUAAUGUUAAAGUUUCAAUCGGAUAAAAGCGUCAGUGGUCUCGGAUUUUCUCUUUCAUAUUCCUUUUUAGAUGAAAAAUCACACUGUGGCGGCGUUUAUAUUAAAACGAGCGGUUACAUAUAUUCACCGGGGUGGCCGGACAAUUACGAACCCAACAAAGAUUGUACUUGGACGAUUACUGUGCCUGAAGGCCAACAAAUUGCGUUAAAGAUUAAAGAUUUUGAUUUAGAAAUGCCUAUUAGAGAAAAAUGUGAUUUAGGUGAUUAUUUGUUGAUUAGAGAUGGAUCAUCCGAUAGCGCAUCUUUGCUUGCUAAAUUAUGUGGCUCUUUUAAAACAAAACGUAUCGUCUCCACCGCUCACAAUCUUUACAUUCACUUCCAUUCCGAUUUCUAUUUAUCGGGGAAAGGAUUUAGUAUAGAAUGGGAUGGAGCACUAAGGGGCUGUGGCGGUACAUUAACAAGCGUCGCCGGGUCGAUAUCCUCUCCUAAUUAUCCACAAAAUUAUAACGACGAUGCGGAAUGCUUCUAUAAAAUUGUUACGAGUAGCGGCUCGCGUAUUCGAAUUGUAUUUGCAGACUUGGACUUAGAACAAACAAUGAACUGUAGGGACGACUAUGUAGAAAUAUAUGACGGACGCGAUGUCUAUGCCCCUAGUUUAGGGAGGUUUUGUGAAUUAAAUAAUAAUCAGACCAGUAUUGAAACUAAAAGUAACUAUGCAUUCAUAAAGUUUAGAUCAGAUGUAUUUUUGGGUGGCAAAGGAUUUUUGCUUAAUUAUGAAACUAUUUGUAAUACAAAUAUAAGCGGCAGCUACGGCGUUAUAGAAAGUCCUGGAUAUCCUAACAAUUAUCCUCUCAGUUUGAAUUGUCUUUGGAACAUCACAGUUGGAUUAGGUAAUAGAAUAAAUGUUACUUUCACCCAUUUUAACAUUUUUUCUUUUCAAUAUAGACCCCGAUUAAGAGGUAUUCCACCUUGGAAUAGGUAUCAGAGUCCUUGGGUCGUACAUAGUCGUCCUUUUCAUUUUUCUCCCUUAUAUACACAAGGAGGAACACAAUGCGAAUCAUAUUUACAAUUUAAGGAGUUAACCGAAGAAAAUUUUUCGAACAAGCACUGCGGUACCUCACUGCCAGCUCCAAUUUCAACGAAAAGUAAUUCUAUGCAAAUUAAUUUUGUCAGUGGCUAUUUCAAUGCUGCUAAUGGAUUCAGGCUGGAAUGGGUGAAAGAUGGAUGUGGCGCAUACUUGAAAAAACAGCGUGGUGAGAUUGAACUACCUAAGAAUAUAAAAUAUUCUAAGAACGGCCUAGAAUGUGAAUGGGUGAUAGAAACGCAACCAGGUAGCCGAGUGACCGUUAUAUUAAACGAUGUGUUUGUCGAGGAGACUAAGAACUGUACAGUCGAUUCCAUCGAAUUUUAUAAUGGACAAAGCAGUUCAUCCCAUUUGAUAAGUAAAAUAUGUCACCGGGGCUCUAACACCAUCCAAUCAAGCAGUAACUAUAUCUUUAUAAAGUUUGUUAAAAAGUCUUCGUUACGAGAUGUCUACUUUUCAGCUUAUUAUGAUUCGGAUACGUCUGGGUGCGGUGGUGGCAUAACGUCUCGCACCGGUGUUAUAACGUCCGAAAACUAUCCGAAAAACUACAAUGAUAAUAUGGAUUGCUUAUGGUACAUAACCGUACCAGAUAAUCAUAGAAUAGAAUUGAAUUUUCUGGACCUUGAUCUCUACUCGGUCGAUGACGACGAUGAAAGCUAUUGUGGUGACUCCAUUAAAAUUUAUGAAAAUUCGUAUAUUGCUAAUAGUAACUAUACUCAUCUUAUAUGCCCCCAAUCAAACAUAUCUCAAAUAAUUACCAACACACCUUAUAUGGUAUUACAAUUUACUUCGGACUCAUUUGGCUCGGCGAAAGGAUUUAAAGCUAACUUUUCUGCCACCUGUGGUGCUGUUAUAGAAGCAAAGUACGAUGGAGUUAUAACCAAUGAUCGGUUUAUCAGCCAAAAUCGCCAUAAUUGUACUUGGGUCAUCUUAUCACACGAUUUAGGAGAAAAAAUUAAACUUACCGUGGAACACAUGUCAAUACCGCGUAGUAGUGAAGUAAUGUCAAACAAAGAGUGCCCUUCGUCAUUUUUAAAAUUUUUUGACGGUAACGAUAUUAAUUCUCCGGUAAUUGGAGAAUAUUGUGGUUAUAAGGUACCUAGUGCAAUUAUCAGUCACGGCAGCGCGCUAACAAUCAUGCAUGGAACAUAUGGUGACACUUUGAGCGGUUCUUUUACAGCACACUAUUCGACUUUAUCAAACGCAUGUGGAGGAACAAUAUCCUCCGAAGAAGGAUCAAUCGCUUCGCCAAAUUAUCCUCUCUCUUAUCCUCUCGGAACCGAUUGUGACUGGACAUUACGAGCAUCUCCCGGAAACAGUAUGUAUAUAACGUUUGAAGCUUUCAAUAUAGUUUACUCUGAUCGCUGCAAUGAAGAUUACUUAGAAAUACGAGAAAAUAAUGGUGGCGGUCGGUUGUUGGGAGUUUAUUGUGGAGAAACUUUACCGGUAAAUACCACUACUGGUUCAGCAAUUUACAUAAAAUUUCAUAGUGGUUAUCAAAAUUCCGGUACAGGCUUCUUGGCUCAUUUUGGAAUUCUGCACCAAAACGAGAUAACAGAUAAAUCCCAAGGAGAAAUAUCGUCUCCGCUUUAUCCUCACCCCUACAACAGAGAAGGUGAAUUUUCAUGGCGUAUCAUUGGUAAACUGACCAGUAGUAUUACUUUAAAUAUCGAUGAAUUAGUAAUUCCAAAGCGAGGCGAAGCCUGUGAUUGA